CCGUUCGUUAACCGGAUGUUGAUGUUAGUUGGUGUUUCCCCCCCAUCUGCCCCGCCCCUUCUCUCCCCGUGUUGUGCUGAGUGAGGGCGCUUCCUAUUUUGGGCCCCCCUCAGCUUAGAAACGCAGAAAUGAACUUCUGUGAUGUGUAGAGUUCUAACAUGGUGGCUGGGACAAAACCUGUCAUGGCAUCAGAACUCUGUAAAACAAUAUUGGAGGCAAAGCUAGAAAAGCACAAGAACUUAUUCUUAAAUUACCGAAAUCUCCAUCACUUCCCUUUAGAAUUGCUGAAGGAUGAAGGACUGCAAUACUUGGAGAGACUCUAUAUGAAAAGAAAUUCAUUGACUACCUUGCCGGAAAACCUUGCCCAGAAGCUUCCAAACCUUGUGGAACUAUACCUCCAUUCAAACAACAUUGUUGUUGUACCUGAAGCAAUUGGCUCCCUCGUUAAACUGCAGUUUUUAGACUUGAGUGACAAUGCUCUUGAAAUUGUAUGCCCAGAGAUUGGCCGCCUAAGAUCUUUACGCCACCUUAGAUUGGCUAAUAACCAGCUGAAGUACUUGCCAGCAGAGGUUGGAGACCUUAGGGAGCUGCAGACGCUGGACAUCUCAACCAAUCAUUUGAUAACUUUGCCUGAAAAGCUGCAUAUGUGCCUCUCUCUUCAGUACCUAACUGCUGACCGGAACCAUCUGUGGUAUGUCCCUCGCCAUCUCUGCCAACUUCCUAAUCUUAAUGAAUUGUCAAUGGCUGGAAACCGCCUUGCGUUCUUACCACUUGAUUUGGGUCGUUCUCGAGAACUUCAGUAUGUUUACGUGGAUAACAAUGUUCACCUGAAGGGACUUCCCUCGUACCUCUAUAAUAAAGUCAUUGGCUGCAGUGGCUGUGGUUCUCCUGUUCAGAAGUCAGAGGUGAAGCUUCUUACCUUUUCAUCAGGACAGUUGACAGUUUUCCUCCCAGCAGAGGUGAAGUCAAUUGGGUCAGAGUCAGACCGCGUUCUGCCCUUGCAAGAGAUGGCCAUGAGGAUGCUGUAUAACACAUACUGCAGGUUUUUAAAAGAUUUGAAGUUCCUGAAUCCAAUCUCAUUACCCAGGAGUCUCUUGGAAUUGCUGUACUGCCCUCUGGGACACUGCCACCGUUGCAGCCAGCCCAUGUUUACUAUUGUCUACCCGAAGCUCUUUCCCCUGAGAGAGACGCCAAUAGCUGGAUUGCAUCAGGGGAGGACAACUGUUAGUUUUGUGGCAUACUGCUGCUCCACCCAGUGUCUGCAGACUUUUGACCUAUUGAGUUGAUAAAUACUUAAAGCUGUUCAGGAGCAGCGCCAGUUUAAAGCUGCAUUAGGCUGUCUCCUGACGGUGCUGGGAUACAGCUUGUGUGUGUGUGUGUGUGUCUGUCUGUUUGCACGCGUCUGUGUGCGUGUGUGCCAAAGCAGCCGGAGGAGUGCCCGGCAGGGAACACGGAGAGCCACUUCAAUCCUGCACCCCUAUCAAAUUUGGAUGAAAGGCAGAACUCUCUUGGAAGCUCUUUGAUGCUCUAGCUUCCAUAAAGGUUAACACCUUCCUGCUCCUCCCCAGGCAGAAUGUAAAAUGCAACAAACAUCAAGCAGGCCAACGACCUCCAGGACACACUCGUCUUUUUGCACGUAUGAUUCUAGUUGCAUUCAAAGUGGCUUUCAGCCACUCGGAUGAUAUAAACUGUUUUUUUAACCAACCAUUUGCAAUACUUUUAAACUUUUCUUUAACUUCCUCCUUACUUGGCUGUGUGCUACUGCCCUCUUAAGAGUAGCCAUUUAAGGUAGCAGUUUAUUUGUUCUGGCCAUGUUGUUUCUCUCCACCACCACCACCCCUCUCUAUUUUUCCAUUCAGGAUCAAAUGUGUUCUCCUUUUCUCUUAACUGCCUAUUUGACAAUAAAUAAGAAUUACAAAUCUG